GAUUAUGCUACAAACAUUUGAAAUUAAACUUUUACGCAUACAUUAUAAAGUUAAUUUUAUAAACAGUGAUCGGGUUAAGCCAUCUGUUCAUUCAUAUGAUGUGCCAUCCGCCAGUGUACACUCGUGUUGAUGUGGAGUGGUCGCGCCAAACAGCUGGCUGGAAAAGUUAAAAUUGAAAUUAAAUUCCGAACACUUCCAGUAACUUUUUUUUUUAAGGCAAUAGUGAAAUUUGACUUUUAUGAACAGUGAAUAUUAAAUUCAAAUUGUCUUGCAGUACGUGUACUUAUUGCACGUGUGUAUUGUUCUAUAUUUAAACGCAAGUUCGCGUUGAAAUGGAAGUGAAAGAAGAAUUAAACAAGAAGAAAGAAGAUGACGGGGACAUCCUCGAGACGAUAUUGUCGCACGUGGGCGAGAUGGGUCGCUACCAGAAGUGGUUAUUCGUUGGCAUGAUGCCGUUCGGGUUGUUCUUCGCAUACGUGUACUUCGUGCAAAUGUUCAUAGCGGCCACACCGCAGCGGCACUGGUGCACCGUGCCUGAACUGCAGCACCUACACUGGGAACUGAGACGCAAUCUGUCGGUGCCAGCAGCGACGGCGGUAGGCGAUCCAUGGGACAAGUGCUCCACCUUCAACGCGAACUGGAGCCAGGUGCUGGAGAACAUGGCGCCACCGGCCCUGAACAGCACGGUGCCCUGCCAGUACGGGUGGGAGUUCGAGCUCAGUGAUAUACCUUAUCACACUGUUGUCAGCGAGCGUGGAUGGGUGUGCCAGAAUGCAGGCUUCGGGCCUAUCGCGCAGUCGGUGUUCUUUGCCGGCUCCUUCGUGGGCGGCUUGUUCUUCGGCUGGCUGGCCGACACCUUCGGACGAGUGCCCGCAUUGGUUGGGUCGAACAUCAUCGGAUGUGUUGGCGGGGUCGCCAGCGUGUUCACGACUGGGCUGUGGGAUUUUGCUUUCUGCAGAUUCCUCGUCGGCAUGGCGUAUGAUAGCUGCUUCAUGAUGAUGUACAUUUUAGUUUUAGAAUACGUAGGCCCCAGACACCGUACAUGGGUAGCCAACAUGUCUAUUGCGCUGUUCUUCGGCUCCGGUUGCCUGAUGCUGCCCUGGCUCGCGCUGUGGAUAGCUGACUGGAGGCAGCUUGUGCUGGUGACUUCAUUACCCAUGCUGGUAGUGUUGGCAGCUCCAUUCUUAGUACCUGAGAGCGCUAGAUGGCUCUCAUCUCGCGGCCGGAUCAAUAGAGCCGUGGAUGUGCUAAAGAGGUUCGAGCGGGUCAACGGCACAAAAAUACCUCAGGAUGUCUUAGACGAAUUUGUCGUGUCGUCGCGUCAAACGAGACAAACCAACGAGUCUCUAGCGUCGGUGUUCAAGAGUUCGCCUUUACGGAACGCAAUGAUCUUCAUGGUGAUCGUGUACAUGGCGUGCGCGGUCAUCUUCGACGGGCUGGUGCGCAUGUCCGAGGGCCUGGGGCUGGACUUCUUCAUCACGUUCACACUGACGUCCGCUACUGAGAUACCGUCGGUCACUCUACUGGCGUUGGUGCUUGACAGGUGGGGUCGCAGAGUGCUGACGUGUGGACCUAUGGCCAUUGCUGGUGUCCUAUCAUUAAUAGCCGCCUUCGUUCCCAAAGGCAUACCACAAGUGUCGCUCGCGAUUAUGGCGCGGUUCUGCAUCAACAUGUCGUACAACGCCGCGAUACAAUGGUCCACGGAACUGCUGCCGACCGGCGUCCGAGCGUCCGGCACUUCGCUCAUACACGUCAGCGGCUAUAUCGCCACUGUGGUCUCGCCAUUCAUCGUCUAUUCUGAGCGACUGUGGAGCUCCCUGCCGCUGCUGCUCCUGGGCGUGACGGCGCUGGUGGCGGCCUCUAUCGGCGUGCUGCUGCCCGAGACGAUGGGCCGCCCCAUGCCGCAGUCCAUUGCGGACGGCGAGCGGCUCGUCAGGGAACACUCGUUGUGCGGGAAACCUGAAGAGGUGGAUGCGGAAGAAUGGAAGAACAAGGAGAAUUCACUCAUCACGUAGCGCUGGUGUUGCCAGCUCCAGGUUACAUAGUAUGCUACCUAUUAUUUAGGUACCGUUUAGUCUCUAUACCAGUCUCCCAGAUAGUGCAUAUUUUUCGUGAUAUAUUAAAAAUAUUUUUGUUAGGACAUACUUUGGGCUUAGUGUAGUAAUAUUGUACAUUAAAAUUUAUAUAAAUUUUCCUAAAGGAAUAAAUAUAUUUUUCUUUCUUUUUUUUUACUUUUAACCCUUUUUUGCAUGAUUUUUUUUUAUUGGUGAAAUAAAUUAAGGUGAUAUAAUUCAUGUUCAAAAUUAAAGAAAAAAAAUGGUUAAAAAAUAAAUUUGAUAGCUGCGUUUUCUUUUUUGCAAUGAACAUUAAAAAGGUAUCCAGACACGAUCAACUUAAAGUGAACUUGUUCUUUUCUAUAAUUUUUGGCAUCUUAUGUUAUGAUGGAAAUUUCCACCACUAUGCAAAGAAGGGUUCAGUCAAAAUAUGGUUUUUACUAUCAGUUAAAUUACUUUUAUAUUUUUUACCCACAAUUUUUUUGUCUAAAACUUACUACGUUGAGCCCUAUAACCUAAUAUAAUUAGGUCUUUACUAUAUCAAAUAUAGUAAAGUGUUUAAUUCUGCUCAGUUAGUGUUGUCAAUUUUAAUAUAAACACUCAAUUAUCUAUAUAAUUUAGCUUUAAAUAAUAUUGAGAGAGAGAGACAGAGAGAGAGAAGCACGUUUUGUUAUUAAAUAAAUUGUUAGUUUUAAAUGUAUGUAUAAGGGCCUAUUCUAAAGUGUCAUUUCUCUAAAUUUAUCUCUUAAUCUAAUAUUUUAAAUUGAUAAUUUCGCAAAAUUACUAUUUUAUGGACCAUCAGAAGUUAAAAUUAUAAUAAUUUUGUGUUAAAUCUGUUAGUUAUUUUGAAAAUUAAUUGAUAGUCCUUACAAUAAAGAUUUCGCUGUGA